CCUGCCAGGCAAUGGGGACAGGGAUGAUGCUGAGCUCCUGGGCCACCUCUUCCAUUGAAGAAGUGGCUGAAGCGGCUCCAGCUGGCCUUCACUGGCUGCAGCUUUACGUGUACAAGGACCGGGAGGUUACCAAAUCCCUCGUGAAGCGUGCGGAGAGAGCAGGCUACAAAGCGAUCUUCGUGACGGUGGACACGCCAUUCCUUGGCAGGCGCAUUGAUGAUGUGCGCAACAAGUUCCAACUUCCUCCCCACCUCAGAUUAAAAAACUUUUCAAGCAGCGACCUGGCAUUCUCCUCAGGGAAAGACUUUGGAGAAAAUAGUGGACUAGCUGUGUAUGUAGCCGAGGCGAUUGAUGCAAGCGUCAACUGGGAGGACAUCAAAUGGCUUCGAGGGCUGACCUCGCUGCCCAUUGUCGCAAAAGGAAUCCUCAGGGCUGAUGAUGCUAAAGAAGCUGUAAAGAUUGGGGUAAAUGGUAUCCUGGUGUCAAAUCACGGAGCACGACAGCUUGAUGGGGUCCCUGCAACUAUUGAUGUCUUGCCUGAAAUCAUUGAGGCUGUGGAGGGGAAGGUGGAGGUGUUCCUAGAUGGUGGUGUAAGAAAAGGCACAGACAUUCUCAAAGCGUUAGCUCUCGGUGCCAAAGCUGUAUUCAUCGGAAGACCUCUCAUCUGGGGCUUGGUUUAUCAAGGUGAAGAAGGAGCAAAAGAAGUUCUCCAGAUGCUGAAGGAAGAGUUUCGCCUGGCAAUGGCACUGGCAGGAUGCCAGAGAGUAGAAGAAAUUGGCAGGACACUGAUACGAAGACAUCAAGUAUUGUUUUCCAAGAUUUAG